AGUUGUUACUCUUUUUUUUACUAUUAUUACUAUUUAAAGUUCGUAGUAUUGGUGUGAGUAGCAGUUGUAUUAGUAGCAACGGUGGUAGUAGUAGAAAACCUAAUAUACGCUGCGGGUUAACCGAGCUUUUAUUUUCUAUCACCGGAAACGCUCUGCUCACAUCUGCUGACUUGACGGGUCCCAAGUUAAGUCGUGUGGGCUCUGCAGCAGCGUGGAGGCAGAAGAGGAGAGACUGCUGAGAGAGAAGCUGCUGCAUCUUCAUCACUGUUUCUUUCUUCAUCACAGGUCGGGGGGGAAAAAACAGCCAGUCACUGAAGCUGAGGCUGCUGCAGACACUGGAUCACCGCAGGCUGGACUCUUCAGACGGUGGAUGAUGAGAUCUUCCAAUCUUCUGCUCUUUGGAAAGGAGUCAAACUGCGACUGUGUAGAACACUGAGUGAGGAUGGAGACUGAUCUGUAGAGGAGCUCCCCCUCACCUCACAUCUUUCCUCUCGUGUUUUUCCUGAGAAUCCGGAGACUUAUCUGUUUUCACACAGUCUUUUCCAGAGCAUCUGAUUUGAUCACACUCUCCUGAAGAAAUAACUUGAGAUCAACAUGGAAUACCAGAGCAUCCUUAGUUAAGACAGACUCAUCGAUCCCGUGUUGCUGGUUUUUCUUUUUAUUUUAGUCUGAAGUUGAGUUUGUUAUAAUCCGAGAGCUGAACAUGGCCAUCAACACGGACGCCGACUUCCUAAAGUCUAACGUGGGUGAGGGUGGAGUGGGCGCUCCUCCAGCAGACUCCCAGGAAACGGAGAAACUGCUGACGGUUAUCACGGAGCCCGGGGGCAACGGCAUGAAAUCUUCCACCUCCUUCACGGCCAGCGUGGGCAGCGACAAGGGCCUGGAGGCGGACCAGAACGGCCACGGCGUGGCCCUGAGGUCGGGCUCCGUGGGUCAGCUGUCCGCCGCCCCGCCUCUUUCCCCGUCUAAGGUUAGUCUGAGCCGCUCCUCUACCGGGAACGUCGGCGUGCAGGAGACCCCGAUGCCCAAGGAUUACCUGCUGCUGGUCAUCUUCUCUUGCUUCUGCCCAGUGUGGCCCGUCAGCAUCGUGGCGCUGGUUUACUCCAUCAUGUCCAGAAACAGUCUGCAGUCUGGGGACAUCGACGGAGCCAGGCGACUCGGACGUCUGGCCCGUAUGCUCAGUAUCGUCUCCAUUGUCCUGGGCAUCAUCGCCAUAGUGGUCUUUGCCUCGGUUUCAGGUAUGUUAACACACACUGUACCAUAAUUGAGAGUUUAAUUACAAAUGGUACUCAACAGGAGCCGUAAGGAGAAGAAAGGUCCUACAUUUGCCACUACACGACCACCUUUACACCUGCCACUCUUCUUAUUGGUACAACUGCAUGAAUCACAGGUUAGCUUAGCUGAAUUGUCAAAAUAGACCUGACAACAGGUGAAAGACGCAGGUUCUACAACCCGGGAAGACUGAUCACAGUAACAAGACACAGGGAAGAUAAUGGAAAAAACAGGUCUCACCAUAGGAAAGACUUUAAGGCAAGCUGGGGAUUUGAACGCACUGUUUACGUUUUUAUGUUAAGCAGCAUAAAGAAACAGUUAUGUUUUUCGGACAGUAGAUAUAGUCAGCCAAGAGAACUUGAAAAAUGCAAUUGCCGGCAGACAACAGUAGGGAUGAAGCUAAACCCAUUAAAAAAAAUACAAAAAACCUGUUGACUACAUACAUUGUCGAAUUGCAAAAAAAGAAAAAUGGCAGGUUGUGGGGAGGUAUUUGAAGUUUUGGGCUGCAGCAAAAUAUAUUUUUACGCCAUGACAAGAAAUACAAUGACAAUGAAUGUAUCAAAUGACAACAGCUAGGCAUGAUGUAGGUUCAAUGCUGCAUUUCCACACAUUAUGAUGAGGAUUUAGUCAGGAUUUAACACAAACACACACUUCUCCAUUUUGUAAGACUGUUAGGAAGCAGCUUCUUGCACCCAAAAGUAUUUUGCAGGAAAUCCUAAAAGUGAAGAUGUGACCUCCACAGAACAUCAUCAAGUGUAUCUGGGAUUACAUGAAGAGACAUUCACGGAACAACGCCAAUUCUGUUGUUAGCUCUCUAAGAUGUUUAAAACACACCGUCUGCUGAAUUACCUCAAAAAAGAGUAUUGAUUUAACUUCACAUGUGGUCAUUCUCUGGACAAUUUUCUCAUGAAUAAAAAUGAAAUUUUACACCUAUGUACUCUAUCCGAGUUGUUCUCAAAGCGGGGGAUGUGCCCCCCUUGGGGCGGGCAGGGACAUUACAGAGAGUGGAUGAAUGCAGCAGGGAAUUUCAAUAUUGUCUUGCAGUGAAGGAACUGUCUAUAAUGGUUUGGGAGCCACUACUUCACUGUGUUUGCAAAAACCUCUGCACAGACACACGUGAAGCACAAACAGGUGUCAACAGAAAAAAGACACCGACUGCACAACAGUUACCAAGCGAUAUACGACACUACUAUGGGGGCGUGAGAUACUGUGUGUGUGUGUGUGUACUUGUUACUAUAUUCGGCGUACUUCUAAGCCAUGUACUUUAUGUAUGUUUACGUUUCUCUCAGCCUGUUAACUUUACAGUCCAUUUAAACCAACUCUGACUUUCUCUGUCUUUGUUUUAAUCUGUUUCACAGCAAGCAAGUGACAUGGAGGAGCCCGACGCUGGAGGAAACUACGAAAGCUAAUUCAUGGCUGUAACAGAAAGAAAAUAAUUACAAUUGUACAUUUAAAGAUAUGUCAAUAACUCAUCAUGUCCAUCCACACAAUCGAAAAACACCGAGAGUAAGUCUUGCAACAAGUAAAGAAAAGUUUAAAAAAAAUACAUAUAUAUAUAAAAAUUCAGAGAUGCAUGCAUUAAAAUCCAGUAACUUUUGCUUGAAGGAAAAGAGAAAAAAAAAACCCUGAAGUGAACUUGUUCACGUUAAAGGGAGGAUGCCAAUCUUUUGGUGGAUAUAAGAAACAGUUGCACCUCUUGUUAGAGUGAAGGACUUCUGAAGGGAAGACUCUGAUCCACAUGUAUGAGGAGAGGGUGAAAGAUGGACUUUUUUUCUACGUGUGGAAUGCGACGCAGUGUGAUUUUGGACCUGAGAGUUUGGACAGCGGCACAUAACCUUAAUAUAGUCCUUACAAACCUCUUGCAUUCAAAGCAUAUACAGAAUCAUGGAUAUAAGGACAUAUAAUUAUAUAUAUAUAUACAUAUAUAUAUGUACAUUUUUUUUAAUUGUUUGUAUGCCACGUGGUGCUGGGUUGGUUAAGGUCGACACAGCUCUGUGACUGCUCUGUCAGCACUUGGAAUGUCAGUGGAAAACUCAAGAGUUUGUCUAAAAGGGGGGCAGGGAACACCGUUUUUUAAUUUCUGAUUUAUUAGCAAAAACAAAAAAAACCUGAGACCAAGUGCAUGCCUGAAUGUAAAUAACUAACCCUAUGCCUUCGUUUGGAUUCUGUUAUGGCGUCUUUUUCGUAUCAAGGGCGGAUUUGCACAUGAAGAGUGAUGUGUACAUUAGUGAGUGCAGCCGCAGCAGGAUGUGUGAGAAGUUCAUUUACUCUGAAGGACACACAAGUGCACGCCAAAUGUUUCUUCACCCAUGAAAUGUUUUUUCUCUCUCUCUCUCUCCUUUCACACCCUCAUCGUUGAACAAUGUGUCAGCUGUCUUUCAUCUCUUUAUCGUCUUCUCCUAAACAUGACUUAACUUUGGCUUCACUUUCACACGAUACAGUUUUUAUUUAACAACGUUAGACAACUGCUUGGCAAAAGAAGGUCACCAUAUCCUUCAGCUGUGAAAGUGACACAAAUUUCUCCUAGGCUCCUGUUUGGAUGAGCUUCAUUUUUUUAGUUUUAAUUUUUAGCUUAAGGCUUGAAAAAGCAAUCAAAAGCUGAAAAAAGUCUUACUUAAAACUGUUGACCACAAUGUAACAAUUUUAUUAACAAAGACUAAUUGUAAGAUCAGACUUUCAUCAAUUAAAAAAAAAAUCUUGUUUUUUAUUGUACCCAGACUAGAGGUUCCCAACCACUGGGCCGAGGACCAGUAUCGGGCUGCAUAGCAUAGGACUUCCAUCCACUCCUUUUUUCAGCACUUUGCAGUUUUUUUCCAUGUACUGGUAAUCCCUCAAACUGACUGAACAAAAAAGUGGGGAAAACAAAAAGUCAAAAUACCAAGGGUCCUAAAAUGAAAGUGACUAAUAUAAAAUAAUAUUAACAUUAUAUAUGUAACCAAUAAAUGAUAUAUGAUGCAGAAUUGUAUUUUAUCAUGUGCAGGACCUGAGCUCACACACACACACACACAAACACCCCUGCUGCUGGUCUGUGGAAAAACUAUCUGUGGAAAAAAACUGGUCUGUGGUGAAAUAAAGGUUUGGUGACCACUGCUUUCGACAAUAACACUGCCCCCACUGGUUUAUACGUUAAGCACUUUACAAGACGGAUGUCAAUCGCUUAAUUCUAAGCUCUUUUUCUUCAACAAAAAUGUCAAUCUGAACCAAUCGGACUUUUUUAUAUUGCUCCAAUCUCCCUUCUCUCUCACAAUUUAGACUUGGUUUUAACUGAAUAUACGCCAGAAGCCCUUCCUAACGCAACCAGACCUGGAAAUGGAAAGGAAUCAAACCUUCAGAGUGACACGCAGGAAUCCUACUACUGCACCAGUCUAGCCUUCCUCACUCCUCCUUUUUUGUUUAUUUAUGAAUGAAUGAUCAUUCACAUUUCUACUUAGUAAAAACUGGGCGGUGACAUUUCUGGCUGCGUGGUGUACAUUGACUGUAAAAUACCAUCAAUAUUUCAGUUUCUCGCUCCUUGGAUUGUUAUGCAAUGUAUUUAUAACGGAAGCUAUAUAUGCAAUUAUACGCAUGCUGGGGGCCGCACUGCCUCGCACAUUAAUAAUUAUAUUUUUUUUUGUAAAAGUGCCAGCCUGUGAUUUUACAUGAGAAACAAAAAGCAUUUAUAGAGUACUUCUUUAAAAACAAACAAACAAACUCAAAGCACGACAGACUUGCCUGUAUUUGUCAGUUUAUCCAAGAGAGAAGUGAUGCCCAGUGUAGAAUACACAGGACUGUUAGUACAGGCUUAGAAGCACAGGUGACAUCGCUGUAAAGGAGAUCACACGCAUUCUUUUAAGCCACAGUUUCUCUUCAGGCAUUACGUGUUUUUUUGUUUGUUUGUUUGUUUGUUUGUUUGUUUUUUUCAGUCACUUGUUUCGUUCGAGUUGUUCUUCGUUAAAGGGCUUAUUAAAAACAACACCAGCUUAUUAGAACAAAAGAGAAAUUCAAUUCGUCAAGACUAUGCAGCUGCACUGAAACUGAGGUAAAACAACCAAACAAGCUGAUUAAACUCCACCUAGCACACAGUUCUGGUUUCAUCACAACUCCAUUCCAACUAAAUAUCAAACAUCAGAAAGCAGCAAAAUCCAAAGAAUGCUCAUGUUUACCAACAACCUAAAAAAAAAAAAACCUUUCAUCCAAUCGCUGUCGAAAGGCACAGUGUAAUUUCUGUUUAACACAUCGAGUACAGUUGAACUGUUUUGUUGUACAUUAAAAGCGUGUGAACAUAAAGGUCGGGGUCAACUGACCGUGAAGCCAUGAGGUCUGGACUGUUGGCAAUCUGUUCAAUUCAGACUUUAAUUUCUCUCUUUUUAAAUCACCGUGUUUCUUUAACAGUGUGUUGUAUUUGUCACUUUUCAUCUCUGUACUGUACAUGUUG